AUUUUCAUUCUAUCCAUUCAGCGGAAUAACCUUAAGGUUUAAUUCAAAGCAUAAUGACUGAAACUCAUGUUCAAGUUGAAGUUAAAGCUAAAUGCUCCGCAAAGAAGUUAUUCUCUGUGAUGACUCGUGGUGCAUCAAAGCUUUCAAAAUAUGCUCCUAAAACGGUCCAGAAUGUCCAAGUUCUCCCAGGAGACGGUGAAAUUGGCGUUGGAAGUGUAUUUGUUUGGAACUAUAUACUAGAAGGUUCUGUGGUCAUGGCGAAGGAGGAGUUAACUUCGGUGGACCAUAAAAACAUGUCAUUGACUUGCACAAUUUUCGAUGGAGAACUGACAAAUCAUUUCAAAAUAUUUACAAGAAGAUUUUCUGUAACCCCAACACAGAGGGAUGCGAACUAUAAUUGCCUUGUGAAGUGGUCUGUACACUACGAGAAACUCCAUGAACAUGUCCCUGAUCCAACAUACGUAAACAAAUGGGUGGAAGAUUUUAUCAAGGAAUUGGAUACCAAUUUGCUCAAGGAAGCAGAGUAGACACGAUAUAUAUCUAUAUCUAUAAAUAAAUAUAUAUACGAUGAGACAUUAUAGCAAUAAAAUAAAAUUGUUCUCGAUGUUUUAAUAUACUAUUAGACAUCUAAUAUAAAUUUGAAAUAUAGACUUGGAAGCUAUUUAUCUAUUCUUAUUAAGUAAUAAAGGGCUAUAUAAGCGUUGGUACCCGA